UCGUGACGUCAUCACCUGUGCCGUUCCGGUUACCAUCACCACGCACUCGCCACAGAGCCUCGUCACAGCCCCAGCGGAGGGAGCUGGCUCCCCGCUGGACACGCUCAUAGCGUCCGUCGAGGCUGUUGCAGGCGUGGGCGUGCAGGUGGUGUCUCUGGAGGCCAGGAUCCCAAGCACACAGGCGGCCAAGGCGGGCGCUGGGGCGAAGGUGUGGCUGUCCGGGCGCCCGCGACACCCUCUCGAUCAGCUGCUGCUCCUGCACAGGAUGGACAUCUCUAGUGGUUCCGGGGUGGGCGUGGGCGACGUGGGCGUGGGGGCGUGUGUGACCACCCAGAGUGGAAUGUCGUGGGUGGUGGAUGCCAACAGCACCGCCCUAGUCACGCCUCGCCUGCACGCCCACAGCACCGGCUGCGCCUGCCACGCCCACCAUGCAAUGCGGGCGGGCCAACAUGCCCAGCACCCGGGGCACGCCGAGCAACUGCCCAGUGUGGCGGCCGUGACCCACACGGCAUCCUGCCGCCCCAACCCGUGCCGCAACGGAGGCCGCUGCAUCCCGCACGCACGCGGGCCCAGAUGCGUCUGUCCCGAGGGCACGAGCGGCUCGAUCUGCAAGCAGUUGAGCCGCUAUUUCUGGGGCGGCGGGUGGGCGUGGACGGCGUCCAUCCCGACGAGCAUCAGCGCCCACGUGUCCUUAGAGGUGAAGACGCGGCGCGAGGACUGCCUCCUGCUGUAUGCCGGCCCAAGCAACUCGGCGCAGCCCUUGCAGCACCUCGUACAGGCGGACGUGCUGGUGCUGGAGCUGCGCGGCGGCCGCCCUCGCCUCACCCUCGAUCUAGGCGCCAGCCCCGUUCUCUUGGAGCCUUCGCACGCCCACUCCACGCCCACCCUCGCCGAUGGAUUCUGGCACCGCCUCGACGUGGUGUGGGGCCAGCACCAGCGCGUGGAGGUCGUUGUGGACAAAUGCGCUUCGAGGGAGAAGUGCCGCCUGGCCGCCCCUCUCCCUUCUCCUCCUCUUCCCCUCGACGUGGCCGCCCCUCUGCAGGUGGGCGGGCUGGCCCACCCUCCCCCAGACGCCCAUCACCACGGCUGGCCGACUCCCCUGACGACGCAAGCUUUCCAGGGAUGCCUUCGCAAUCUUAGAGUGAACGGCGAGCUGCGAGACCUUGGCCACGGCGUGCUGAGCGAGGGCAGCGCGCCCGGCUGCGUCACCGAUGACUCCUGCCGCGCCACCGCCUGUGGCCCCACAGCGAGGUGCGUGGCGCGCGAGGACGGCCCCCAGUGCGAGUGCUUCCCCGGCUGGACGGGAGACCACUGCCGCCAGCGGACGCAGGCCGCCUCCUUCGCUGUCCACAGCUACGUCAAAGUGGCGCUGUCGUCCGCCCCUUCGCCGGCCACGACUACGCUCCAGCUCAGAUUCCGCACUUGGGAGGCCUUCGGGCAGCUGCUGGCGGUGGCAUCGCAACACGGGCGCGACCGCUUGGGCGUCUUCUUGGAAGGAGGACACGUCUGCGCGAAGCUGAUGCUGCACCCGGCACCCGAGGUGCAGCUGUGCCUCGCCCACGCGCACCUCAGUGAUGGCGUCUGGCACUCCGUCAGGGUGGAGAGGUAUGGCCAGUGGGUGGAGCUGGUCGUGGACGAGGGCGACGGGCCGCUCUACAACACGACGCCUACGCCGGACGCCCUCGGCGGCUGGUCGGCGCCUCUGCUGCUGGACCGGCAGGAGGGCGUGCUGGUGGGCGGAUCGCCGGAAUAUGUGGGCGUGAGCCUGUUCACUGUUCAUCACGACUUCCACGAGGGAUGCCUGGACGACCUGCGGGUGUCGGGGGUGUCCCUACCACUGCCUCCGCUGGCCAACUCGACGACGUGGGCGCAGGCGACCAUGUUCACCCACGUGCACCCUUCCUGCCAUGCCCCCGCCGCCUGCACCAACCUCACCUGCCCCGAGCCGCUCACCUGCCUCGACGUGUGGCGGCGCCACGAGUGCGGAUGUGGAGAAGGAGCUGCCCUGACUCGGGAGGGCGGGGCGUGCCGGGACGUGGACGAGUGUGUGUGGGCGCCCUGCCUCAACGGCGGCACCUGCGUCAACCGCGUUCCUGGCUACCUCUGCGUGUGUCCCAAGUCAUACAUUGGAGAGAACUGCGAGGGGAAGGCCCUCCUGGCGCCCUCGGCCACUCUGCCAAUGGGCGUGGUCGUGGCGCUUGUCGUGUGGGCGGUGCUUGUUCUCGUGAUGCUGGUGGUGGCCUGCGCGGUGUACCGGAGGCGCCGUCAUAAGCGAGUCGCGUCAGGAAACAACGGUGUGGAGAUGACCUCCCGGGACGACCUCCUUGACCCGGCCCACGACCACUCUCACGACCCUGCCCUCGAGGAGGGGCACGAUCAGCCUGCUGAUGUCCUGGAGCUUCACGCUGUCAAGCCUGUCAGCCAGAAGACGUGGGCCAGAAAUGGUAUGGACCACCGGCCUCGCGAGCCCGUCUCCACCGUCGCCAGCGCCCCUCGGGACGACCAGGGGGCCGCCCCAGCCGUCGGACGCAAGGCGAAGCGGCGCCAGGACCAGCUGCCCCACGCCCCGGAUGACCUCCGGAACUACGCUUACGAGGGCGACGGCAGCUCUCCGGGCUCGCUCUCCUCCUGCUGCUCAGGAGGCGACAGCAGCGGAGACACUGGCUUUCUCGGCGGCUUCCAAGAAGUGGCAACGCUGCUCAAUUGCCUGGGGAGCCAGUCGGCGGUUAGCGAUUCUCCGGGGCGCCACCAUGCCCGCCCUUCUGCUCAUGCCUCGCUGUCCCUCGCCACGCCGAGCGAGAGGAAGGCGCUCCCAACCGCUGCAAGCAUGAAGAGGGCGACUCCCCUCAGCAGCGGGAGCCUGCAGCACCUUCGGGUCGCCUCGGACAAGCUUGGGGUAGAGUCAGGGCGCGAGGCCUUGCCAAAGGAAGGCCCAGGCAUUCAUGACGUGGUCCUGGGCCCGCCUGCGUAUUGCCACCACGGGAGUGAGCCUCACAAAAGUAACUCCCUGCCAAGGCCGCGGGCCGCCACCCUCAUCAUUAACAACGUAAAAGAUGAAAGCUUGGAUUGCGUCACGCGAAGACUCGCCGAGACGUACCAUCACUCCCUCAGGAGAUACAAGAGCGUAGGCUGUAGAACCGAGGCCUCAGGGUCCUGCUGCGCGCCUUCUCUAGAGGGUUUCGAAGCAGACCCGUCCGUGGCGCCGCUACAAUCCCAGGAUGUGUGUCGGGCUUGCAUUACCGUCUCGCUCCGGCGCCAAGAAAGGGCAAAGCCACAUAGCAUCCCUUCCCGGAGCUUAUCUGCCUCGACCGUAUCCUUCCUCGCCGCAGCCCCAGCUACCCCUGCCCUUCCAUCUCCCCCCUCGACAUCUCUGAAUAAUCAGUUCGUCCAGGUACUUCCCCGCGCACAGGCGCGACAUGCCUGCACAGGGCCUACAUGUGCCACUUCGCAGGAGUGUGGUUGCAGCCGUACCCGCGCGCCCUCCUCCGAGGUGUGCGAUGCCCCGGGUCCUACAGGACGACCCUCUGCCACCAAGACCCCGGCCGCCGGCAGGACAUAGCACCGACGAAGCCGCUCGCGCCGCUUGGUGUGUGAGAUGUAUGUGCCUAUGUUGAGUGUAAAUGUUUUGUACUGUGAGAAGCGUCUCCAAGACUCGAAACUCUGCCUUUCACAUUCGGUGUGUGUCAGUCGUAUAAGUUUCAUAUUGAAUUCAUCUUCACCUGCAUCAUAAUGUCUAACCAUGAUUUUUACUUUUGUAAAUCUGUGUGAAUACAAUUUGUAAGAAUAAAACAGGUAUAAAA